GACAGCACACAGCGAAGAGACCCCACGCCAGCCAAGCCGACUGACGACAACCUCGACUUUGGACGAUUUAAAGCCACGAAGACGAUCGCCGAGUAUCAAACCGCGCGGAAUAUCCCUGAAUCACUACAUACCACUUGAUAAUCUCGUUCCGCGACGCAUACCGGCAUCAUGAGACCUCUUACCGAGACCGAGACGAAGACGCUCUUCGACAAGCUCGCAAACUACACGGGUGCCUCCCUGAAGCAACUCAUCGCCCCGAGGGAAGAUGGCGAUCGUUAUGUCUUCCGCUUGCACCGGGAUCGCGUCUAUUAUGUGCUCCUGAGCAUUGCCAACCUCGCCACCUCGAUUGCCCGCGACAAUCUGCAGUCUCUCGGCAUCUGCCUCGGCAAAUUCACCAAGUCUGGAAAGUUCAGAUUGCACAUCACAGCCCUUCCCAUUCUUGCCGAGCACGCUCGCUACAAGAUCUACGUCAAACCCAACGGCGAGAUGCCCUUCCUGUACGGCGGCAACAUUGUCAAGGCCCACGUGGGCCGGUGGACCGAGGACUGCCCGGAGCACCAGGGCGUCGUGGUCGUCUCGAUGAACGACACGCCGAUCGGCUUUGGCGUGACCGCGCGCAGCACCGCAGAGGCCAGGAGACUCGACCCCACAGGAGUCACCUGCUUCCGGCAGGCCGACUGCGGCGAGUACCUGCGUGACGAGGACACGCUUUUCGCUGGGCAGUAAACACUUUCCGGUUUAGGCGGCUGGGGCUGAGCCAUUUGGAUGGCCUAGGGGUAGGAAACACAAAGAGAUGGCAGGCUCGAGGGGCACAGAAGAAAAAAAGCACCCAGUGCAUAUGGGCGACUUGCUGCUUGUCAUAAUAGCACAGAACGGAGUAAUGGCGUUCCUGGGAAAUUACUUGCAUAUAGCACAACACAUUCGGCAUGUUAAAGGCUGUGCUCAGAUGCACGCAAUGAGAUGGUGAAACGCGGUGC